AAUUGCACCUUCGCACCUCCUCCCUCGGUCCCGCGGGAUGCCCCGCCGCUCGGCUCCCCCCGCCCUCCUCCUCCUCCUCCAAGUUGGCGGCGUGGAGCGUUGAAGCUCUCAAAGAUCUCCAUCUUCGCUCCGGAGGGAUCGCACCUUCCGGACUCUGGCGUGGAUCGGGACGCCCCUCGUUAGGGGAACGUCCCACCGGUGCGCCCACCCCCACCUUACCCGUCCCUGGCCGUCGUCAUCCAGGUGCGUGACGGAGUACUGCGGGUCUUCCUGGUGCGGGUCGGCGGCGGCGAUGUUCUCCAUCCAGGACGGCCUCCCGCGGGGGGGCCUCACCAUGAAGGAGGAGCCGCUCCCCACCGGCAUGACCCCCGUGCGGUCCUGGAUGGCCGGCGCCGGGAUCCUCGACGCCAACACGGCCGCGCAGAGCGGCGUGGGUCUGGCCCGCGCGCACUUUGAGAAGCAGCCGCCGUCCAACCUGAGGAAGUCCAACUUCUUCCAUUUCGUCCUGGCGCUCUACGACCGGCAAGGGCAGCCCGUCGAGAUCGAGCGGACGUCCUACCUCGACUUCGUCGAGAAAGACAAGGAGUACAACGGGGAGAAGACCAACAACGGGAUUCAUUACAGGUUACAACUCCUCUACAGUAACGGCAUCAGGACGGAGCAAGACCUGUACGUGCGCCUCAUCGACUCCAUGACCAAGCAGGCCAUUUUGUACGAGGGACAAGACAAGAACCCGGAAAUGUGUCGCGUUCUACUGACGCAUGAGAUCAUGUGCAGCCGCUGCUGCGACAAGAAAAGUUGCGGCAAUCGGAACGAGACGCCCUCUGACCCCGUCAUCAUCGACAGGUUCUUCCUCAAGUUCUUCCUCAAGUGCAAUCAGAACUGUUUGAAAAAUGCGGGCAACCCGAGAGACAUGCGGCGCUUCCAGGAGGCACGCCGCCGGGACCCGUCCGAAGCAGCCACGCCGUGCAUCAAAGCCAUCAGCCCCAGCGAAGGGUGGACCACGGGGGGCGCCACCGUCAUCCUCAUCGGGGACAACUUCUUCGACGGACUCCAGGUGGUCUUCGGGACCAUGCUGGUGUGGAGCGAGCUGAUCACGCCGCACGCCAUCCGCGUCCAGACGCCCCCUCGCCACAUUCCCGGGGUGGUGGAGGUCACGCUGUCCUACAAGUCCAAACAGUUCUGCAAAGGCGCGCCGGGACGCUUCGUCUACACAGCCUUGAACGAGCCCACCAUCGACUACGGCUUCCAGAGGUUACAGAAGGUCAUCCCUCGCCACCCCGGGGACCCCGAGAGGUUACCGAAGGAAGUGCUGUUGAAGCGAGCCGCCGACCUGGUGGAGGCGCUCUACGGGAUGCCGCACAGCAACCAGGACAUGAUCCUGAAGAGAGCGGCCGACCUGACGGAGGCGCUGUACAGCGGCGUCCCCCGCGGGCACAACCAGCUGCCGUCGCUGAGCGGCGCGGCGGCGCAUUCGGGAAUGAUGGCCGUCAACUCCUUCGGCGGCCAGCUGAGCGCAAACAUCUCGGAGGCGUCGCAGGCCGACCAAGGUUACUCACGCAGCUCCAGCAGCGUUUCCCCUCGCGGUUACGCGCCGAGCUCCACGCCGCAGCAGUCCACCAACUACAACGCCAUCAACAGCAUCACGUCCUCCAUCAACGGCUACGCCGCCGCCAUGAGCAACCUGGCCGUGCCCGGCUCGCCCGGCUUCAUCAACGGCGCCGGCGCCAACUCCGCCUACGCCGGCGCGCGUUCGUUCUCUCCUGUGGUUUCUGCAGUCAAACAGAAGAGCGCCUUCGCUCCCGUGCUGCGGCCACAGACCUCCCCGCCCCCCAUCUCCUGA